CAAAUUAUUAUUUAUAUAUAACUAUAUGGAUCGUAUAGCUUCAGCUGAAUGGCCAAUGUAAGCAGCUUAAGAAUUUGGUUUCAGUAUGGCGUUGUCAUUCUCGUGGUGUGCUCAGUUCUAGCGUAUUUAUUAAUUACUUCAACGGUUAAUCAAAACGCAGGAAUGGUACCAGAGGAACCAAUUGUUUAUUCUUUUCAAGAUGUGGUAUGGAGACGGAAUUUUACUCUUUGCAAUAGACAAUAUCUAAAGACAUUAAAAUCCAUGCAUUAUUUCCUAAAAGGAACAAUCCCGUAUUCGUUUGGCAAUUUGACGAUUUAUAUAUAUAAUCCACAAACGGAUCUCAUUUCCAAUGAAACCAAUUCUAAAAAUGUUUACAAGCCUUGGGUUUUCAACACAAUUUAUAAAUAUAUUCAAAAUGACACUUCUAUUGGGGUAAUAGACAUCGGAGCAAAGUCUGGCAUUUACUCUUUACCACUAGCUAGAUUAGGAAGAAAAGUCGUUGCCGUGGAAACAAUCUAUCAGCACAUACAACAUUUAUGUGCGUCUGUAAUUGAAAACAAAUUAACCAAUCAGAUUUCUAUUGUUUAUAAUGCACUUAACAACAAUCACCUGGAUGUGCCACUUACAUUUCAAAGAGGAUGGUUAGAUUUCGGUUAUGUGAAGCAAAGAAAAGAGAGGUCUGUAAAAGAAAUGCUUGGAAAACCAAAUAACUUAUACAGAAAACACCAAGAAACUAUCAAAACUGCUACACUUAAUGAUUUCCUCUCUCUUGCAGAGGUACAUGCAAUGAAAAAAGUUUUCAUUACAAUGGAUGUUCAAGGUUAUGAACAAAAGGUCAUCGAAGGUUCCAAUCAUUUGUUCAGUGCUAAAAAGUUAAUAGGAGUGUAUAUGAAAUGGUAUAACCAUGGAAACACUAUACCUAGCGGAUUGCUUCAUAGAUUCAAUGAAUGGGGUUAUGAACCAUUUUACUGCAAUAAAAUUUUCAACUUCGACAAUCCCUGUCAAAAAAUAGAUGUGUAUAAAUCAGGAUUCCAGUAUGAUGGGAUUAUCUGGUUGCCAAGAAAAAAGUUAGGCCAGAUUUGAACUGUUUUACGCAAAUCCAAUUCAGUGGUUUAGCAUUUUUUUUAUAAUUUUUAACCAUAAUGUUGAGUUUGAAUUGUUUAUUAUUCUAGUUUUGUGUGAGAAAAAGUAUCACAGGCAAAAAAAUUCUGUCUGUUUUUUGUGUGUUAUUUUUUCAACUUUAUUCUUAACCAGUAGCUAAUCUUCAGACGAAUUUCCUUAUAAUAUACAUUGCAAAGGAUUGUCUGCAGUACCUUUACUUUGCAAGACUUCCCUUUCAGGAAGGUAUCUUGAAUGUAUAUGUACAAUGUAUCUAUAUAAGAAAAGUGGUAUAUACAUAUAUGUCAAAUAAUUGACUGAUACAUGUAUAAGGUGCUAAAAAGGGAAAUAACUCAGUAGAAUAGGAAUAACAAAAUUGGAAAUAUGACCCAUUUCAAUUAAUGGCUUACAGGGGCCUAAUUCAAUCACCUGUUAAAAAGUCUGCUCUUCACAAGUUUCAGAUGAAACCUGAGGUACUGUGAGUGAGGUCACAACAUGUUACUCCGUUCAACUUCAGAUCAAAUUCAAAGUUAAAUAACCUCCUUUUCUGAAAGUCAGAUAGUUAUUGUUUUGCCAUCAAGCAAAGCUUUAUAUGGAGUUUUAAUUUCAUUAAAAUCCAUCAAUUUGUGUUCUAAUAGCAGUUGCCCCUACAUGGUAAUGAACUUAUGUGUGUCCCUUUGGAGUUAUUUGAUUAGAAUUAUCUUUUUUCAUAUGGUGUACUACUAUUAUGUGCAGUUUCAUUGAAAUCUCCAAGACAGUGAAAGGGAAUUUGGACUGACAGAUAUUAAAACUAGUUGAAUAAAGGAAUGAAGCUGUACUGAAUGAUUGCAAAUCUUUCGAUGUUGUACUAAAUCAACUGUUAUGAAAAUUUCGAUCAAACUGACUCUUUAAUAAUCCUUGUAGACUUUUUAUCAGACCCAUAGUAACAACAAAUAGCAUGUACAUUCUUGUAUGCGUUGAUUUUACUUCACUUCAUCUGUCCAUCUUUAAAAUAUGGAUGUCUGUCCCAUUUUUGGGCCCUCAGACUAUCAUAGGACCAGAGUAACAGCUCUAAUAAGGAACAUUCCUGCAUGGUUUGAUUGAUUUUGCUUCAUCUGUUCUUGAACUUUUAAUCAGAACCAAGAACCAAAGUAAUAGUUUUUUCAGUUCCUUAAUAUUUUACAUUUUGAUCAACUUCUUGAGAACGCCCGAAACAUUGGAAACCAAACUUAUCAGAAAUUUCCUUACAAAAGACAAAGAGCUUAAAAAAAGAUUUUGAAAGCCAGAAUUUGACUCUAUAAUCUUCAUUUACCCCUCUUAGCAAUUUGAAUAUUGCUAUUAUUUAAAAGGUACCUUCUAUAAUCUAGAUGAUGACCUUCCUGGUGCACCAAAAUGUACCUACGUGCAUGAUUAAAUACAGGUCUUGAGUCCUCACUUUGCUUAUAAGGAUCAGACAAAGCUCUUUCACUUUCUGUUUUGAAGCUUUUUUCUGAAUUCCCUGGUUUUGUCAAAAUGAUAUGCACCUUCAAAAGUUUGAUGACCAAUGUUCAAGUGGUGGAUAUUAUAAUCAUCACAACAAGAAGUAGAAGAGAGUGCUGUCAGUUCAUUGUAAUCAAUGCCUGAACACAGGGUCUGUAUUUCUUUAAGAAUGUUGAAAGUUAGCUAGGAUGUAAAAUUUUACUAAAACCAAAAAAAAUUUUGGAAACAAUAAAAUUGUCUAGGCUUGUAAUAUGUUGUUUUAUGUUAUCUUAUGGUACCAUAAUAGAAUUUUACUCGAACAGGUUUUUUUUUUAUUUUGGGCCAUUCCCACAUGAUUGCUUUAUUUCGUUAAAUUACUAACAGUUCCCAAUGCCAAUCAAAAAGAUGGAACA